AUGUUGGAAAGCAAAUACAUCGGUCUCAUUCUUGCAUUAUGCUCCAGCAUAUUGAUCGGCACAUCCUUUGUCAUCACUAAAAAGGGACUUCAACAGUCAUCUUCAGCAUCCCAAGCAUUUGCAUCCGAUUCCCAUCGAUAUCUCAAGAGCCCCAUAUGGUGGAUUGGAUUGACCACCAUGGUAGCCGGCGAGUUGCUUAAUUUUAUCGGAUAUACAUUUGCCCCAGCCAUCUUGAUUACUCCACUCGGUGCACUGAGUGUGAUUAUAGGUGCAAUCUUAGCCACCAUCUUUUUAAAAGAAAGGUUGGGGACCAUUGGUAUUAUUGGUUGUUUGUUGUCAUUGAUUGGUGCAGUGAUUAUCGUUCUGCAUGCACCCGAGGACCCGCAGGUGGAAAGUGUCGAAGAAUUGGUUAGCUACAUGAUUCAACCAGGGUUUCUGGUCUAUUCCAUUCUGGUGAUCAUUACUACGGUGCUCAUGAUAUGGAAAGCCGUACCACGAUGGGGUAAAACCAAGGUCAUGGUCUAUGUCUCAAUUUGUUCCUUGGUUGGAUCUCUUUCAGUGAUGGCUAUCAAAGCAUUCGGUAUAGCAGUGAGACUCACUAUUGAAGGCAACAACCAAUUCAAGGAACCCUCCACCUAUGUCUUUGGAUUCAUGUGCGUGGUGUUUAUCAUUACCCAAGUCAAUUACUUUAACAAGGCAUUGGAUACAUUCUCCACAAGUCUGGUCAAUCCAAUUUAUUUUGUAUUCUUUACAACGGCAACCAUUGUGGCUUCAGCUAUCAUGUACCGAGGAUGGCAUACCAAUAAUCCAAUCAAUACAGCAAGCUUGAUCUGCGGCUUUAUCAUCAUCUUUGCCGGCGUGUACUUGCUCGAUUCAAUCGCACGUGCUAGCAAAGGCAGUAUCAUCAACCUUCCAUUGGUAACAUCGUCCGCUUCUCUUCAUCCUCAUUUUCAUCCACACGACUCGAAAUCCAAUCUAUCACCCGGCGGAGGUGGUGGUAAUGCUGUUUUUUGUUGUGGGAGCACUGGUAUGGAGGAUUUGGAAAACUACUUGUCACCCACAUCCACUGCACAUGAGCAACAACAUCAUCAACAACUCUUGUUGGGCAGCAGUAAAGAUAGCUUGCUACUAUUAGGUCGAUGGCAACCGGAGCAGAUUCACAAAUUGAUGGGUGGCAGUGUUCCUCCUCGUAACAGCAAAGAAGAUGGUGCUUCUCCGGGAGCAGCAGAAUCCAUGUUUAAGCGACGAAGACCCCAUCGUGCUCAAUCGGUUUAA